AUGCAAGCUCAAAUAGAUGCACAAGUAACAUCAUUUCUCGAACAUGCUAAACAAGAAUUUGAUCAAAAAUAUAAUACACCAUCAAAACAAACAGCUAAACUAGAAGAUUUUACUUUAAAUAGAACAGUUGGAACAGGUUCAUUUGGUCGUGUUAUGGUCGUAUCACAUAAUCAAACAAAUUAUGCAUUAAAAAUAAUGGAAAAAGAAACGAUUGUUAAAUUAAAACAAGUUGAACAUACAUUGGCAGAAAAACGAAUAUUACAAGCAAUUAAAUUUCCAUUUAUUGUUAAUUUAGCCUAUUCAUUUAAAGAUAAUUCACAUUUAUAUAUUGUACUAGAAUUUGCAUCCGGUGGAGAAAUGUUUACACAUCUAAGAAGUGUUGGCAAAUAUCCAGAAGAUCAGACAAGAUUUUAUGCUGCUCAAGUUGCAUUAGCUUUUGAAUAUUUACACUUUUUGGGAAUAAUAUAUCGUGAUUUAAAGCCGGAAAAUAUUUUAUUUGGCAGUGAUGGUUACUUAAAAAUUACCGAUUUUGGUUUUGCUAAAUUAGUACGCGAUAGAACGUACACCCUUUGUGGAACACCAGAAUAUAUUGCUCCAGAAAUUAUUUUAUCUCGAGGAUAUAAUAAAGCAGUUGAUUAUUGGGCACUCGGUGUACUCAUAUAUGAAAUGGCAGCUGGUUUUCCACCAUUUUAUGCUGAUCAACCAAUUCAAAUUUAUGAAAAAAUUGUACAAGGUAGAUUUAAAUUUCCUAGUCAUUUUACAUCGGAUCUAAAAGAUUUAAUUCGAAAUUUAUUACAAUCGGAUUUAACAAAACGUUUUGGUAAUUUAAAAAAUGGUACAAAAGAUAUUAAAUUUCAUAAAUGGUUUACCAAUAUUAAUUGGAUUAAUAUUUUUGAGAAAAAAGUAAAAGCACCCUAUAUGCCAAAACCUGAUCGUGAUCAUUAUGAACGUUAUGAUGAAAAACCAUUACAAAAUUUAACAUUUACCCUAUAUUCAAAUGAAUUUGAUGAUUUUUAA